GUCUCCAUUUGAGCAUGAAGCUCCUCGCCAUCGGAAAGGACGAUGCCAAGAUGCGCUUGGACCGGUGGCUCAAGGUCCACUUCAAGCGACCGCAGAGCUUCUUCCAGCGCCAUCUCCGAGAGAAGCGCAUUGUCCUCGUCGACGUGCUCGACAACACCAAGCACAAGGCCAACGCAAGCUACACGCUCAUGGCCGACGCCAAGUGGCGCAUUGGCAUCCAAGAGCACCUCUACGCCGAGCUGACCGCGGAUGUCGUGCCAGCGCCAGCGCCGACGUCGUCGCUUCCACCUCUGCCCGUUCUGUACGAGGACGAUGUCCUGAUCGCUGUCUUCAAGCCCACGCAGCUCGCGACGCAGCUCGGUUCCAAGACCCUCGACUCGGUCGCUUCGCGCUACCCACAGUGCAAGCUCGUCCAUCGUCUCGAUAAAGGCACGUCGGGCGUCUUGCUGCUGGCCAAGACGCGGCUGGCGGCCGCCGAGCUUGCAGAGAUGUUUCGCACCGAGCAGGUGUGCAAGACGUAUCUCGCACACGUCACGUGGCCGGUCGUCGGCGACUUGGCCGCCGACGGGGUCAUUGACCACCCGUUGGAAUCCAAGCCAGCGCGCACAACCUACCGGCUGCGGAAGCGCUUUGGACGCACCGCGUUGCUCGAGCUGCAGCCGUCGACCGGACGCAAGCACCAGCUGCGCCGCCACUGUGCCGAGGUACUCGGUGCCCCGAUCGUCGGCGACCGUCGCUACGGCGGCGCGACGAGCACUCGCAUGUGGCUCCAUGCCAUGCGCGUUCAGUUUCUGCAUCCCCGCACCAAGCGCCAGGUGACGAUCGAGGCGCCUUUGCGGACCGCGCCGUCCCACACGGCUGGAACGUCCACGACACGGACUCGAGGGUUGACUUGA